AUGCCCUAUAACUGCUGCUCUGUAAACUUAUCUUCCUGCUCCCCUGGGGACCACCUGAACUACCCAGCCUCCUCCUGUGGCUCUUCCUAUACAAGCAACCUGGUCUAUAACACUGACCUCUGCUCUCUCAGCACCUGCCAGCAGGGCUCAUCUCUCUACAGUGACUGCCAGGAGACCCACUAUGAGCCUGCCAGGUGUCAGACAAGCUACCUGGUGUCCAGUCCCUGCCAGAACUCAGAAUCAUCUCACUGUAACUGUGCUGAACUCACAUCUCCUGUCAACAUGUCCCAGUGCUACUUUGGAAACGUCUCCUCCUGCUCCCUUAGGGGUUACCAAUGUUACCCAGGCUCCUCCUGUGGCUCUUCCUACCCCAGCAACCUGGUCUACAGCACUGACCUCUGCUCUCGCACCUGCCAGCGAGGACCCUCCCUCUAUAGUGGCUUCCAGGAGAACUGCUGUAAGCCUACUACGUGUCAGACUUCCCUUGUGGUCUCCAGCCCUUGCCAGAUGUCCUGCUACUGUCCGAGGAUCUCUAUGCACUGCAGUCCCUUCUGGUCAACUUACCCUGGAUCUCUAGGCUUUAGGUCCAAUAGCUUCAGCUCCCUGAGCUCUGGAUCUAGAAGCUGCUACUCAGUGGGCUGUGAAUCCAGUAGCUUCAGACCCCGAGGUUAUGGAAUCUGUGUCUUCCCUUCUCUGAGUCAUGGAUCGAGAUUCUGCCGUCCAACCUACUUUGCCUCCAGGAGCUGCCAUUCAUCAUGUUACAGGCCAGCCUGUGGAUCUGGUUUCUAUCCUUCAACUUGUUGA